GGAGCUCGAGACAUUCUUUAAUCGUGAUCUGUGAAAAAUGUCGACGGAAGACAAAGUUGCUGAUGUUGGGAACAGAAAUUACAUCGAUGUCCUCCCCACUGAGGUUCUGUGUAAGAUUUUUGAUCGGCUGGAUUUCGAAGGCUUGAAAACCGGAUCAUUAGUUUGUCAGCGAUGGAACGAUAUAAUUUCUACAAGCGGAUAUGCAGAGAGAUUUGUAUUCGAGAUUGAUAUGUAUUUCAAACAUGAUUCACAAGAAGAAUCCAUGAAACAGAUGUUGGCGGAAGUUAGGAAAAUGCUUGGCAAAACUAAGCGGUGCUAUCAGCAGCUUAAAUGGAUUUCAGAUUUUUGGAUAGACGACCAGGAAAUUCGAUUGGUAUGGAAUGCUAUCCAUCCUAAAAUCACGGUCAAUCUGCAUUCGCUGGAGCUAUAUGGUGCGAAUACAGCUAUGAUGACUGUGUUCCCUGAGAUAGCUGAACAACUUCCGUCGAUGGUGCAGCUUAGAUCGCUUAUUCUAGAAUUCAGCGGCUACAACGAUUAUCUGCAAAAUCCAACAAUUCUCCGUAGCAAUUCGGUGAACCAUCUGAAAGCCAUAACGAACACCAAGUUCCGGGUGGAAAUGCCAAAGCUGGAGAACUUUGAGGGUAGUUUGUCCUCCAUAUAUCCACCAAACGAGAAUUUGUCGUCACUUACGCUGACUGACCUCAAGAAUCUUAUCGUUGGCAACUUCUACAGCGAUGAACCAAAUGAAAUGUCAAAAAGUGCCGCCUAUUCCCUUUUUCAGCUUUGGAAAAACAUAGAGACAAUCAAGUGGGAUUGUGGCAUCGAAGAUGAGAUUUUCAAUCUUUUGUGUAACAUGUGUACAUCGCUUCGAGAACUUACAAUAAGAUCCAUUGGGACUGGGCGUAAGAACUAUCGUAGCAUGAUCCACUUUGAUUUAACGAAAUUAACCAACCUAACCAAGCUAGAAAUGGGAAACACUUAUAUCGAUUUUGUAAAACUACCGAAAUCGAUCAGAAAACUGAAGAUAAAUUUAUAUCACCGGCAAAUGAUUCAAACUCUCAUUGAUAGCAGUAAGAGUUUAGAAGAACUGCAGGUCGUGUUUUCUACAUCAUAUGAAGUCAGCUUGUUGGAGACUUUGUCGGUUCUACAGCGUCUGGAAGUACUCGUGUUGUAUGGUGGACAUUUCGAAGAAUCAAGUUUCCUUCACAUGAAUGCUCCCCUGGAACGGGUGCGUCAGCUGCGGUUCGUCAGAUGCAAAUUAUCAACGAAAAGUUUUCUCGGGAUCCAGGAAAAGUUCCCCAACUUGAAGGAGCCUCAAUUUUGUUAAAUGUUACUCAUAAUUAAUAAUUUGUCAUUUUUCAAAAAUCUCUUCCAUUGCCAAAUAAGGCCAAUUAUAUGCUAGCUUACAUUGCUAUGCUUACAUAGAUUCUACUACAAUUGACACAAUAUCUUUUGCAAUUCCUGCAUCUUCGAAGUGUUACUGCCUGCUAUGAAAUUGCUAUGAAUUUACUGAUUUUCUUUCCAAUAAAAGACAAACUUUUCAGCUUGA